AUGAGGGCGCCUUCGACACUCCUUCUUCGUGCGUUGCUGAGGCCUCAGCAGCCUCUGUGUCAGAUCAGAUCGAAAUCGAACUGGAUGCCCCGGGAGAAAUAUGCGAAGAUUACAUUACUCGAUAAACUACACCGCAGACAGAAAGAAGCUCUGCGCAAGGAACGUCAAAGUAGCCAAGUGCGCGCCCAGAAGAUGACCACCGAGUCUCUUCCUGACCCUCCACCUUCGCAAAUCCAACAUCCAGUCUCAACUCAAACCGGCCCGAGCCCGACGAUAUCCUUGCUCCCCUUCAAAAUCAAUCGCACACCAUCCUCUAACCUUCCCAUUUACCAAAGCUCCAAGGCUGGUGGAAGCAAACACAUCACCUCGAUACGAAAAAUCACUGGCGAUCUGAACGAGCUGGCAGCACGAAUACGCAUAGCACUUGGAUUGCAUCAGCAUGUGGUGGAUGUGAAAGGUCGCCGCAAGGAGACGGUGGCAAUCAACUGGACCACGAAGCAAGUAGUUGUGCGCGGAUGGAGAGGGCCUGAGAUCAAGAAGUGGGCGGAAUUGAAUGGUUUCUGA